GAGCUUCUCACGGCUGAACGCAGCAGAGUGAGCCGAAGAAGACGCCAAACUCCAAGUUGGACGUGACACAGAAAAGGGGAAAAUUUAGUCUUAUUUUUAGGUAUUUGCUCAGUUAAAACUCCACUUCUACGAGAGAAAGUGCUUAAUGGGUGAGGACUAACCUUUGAGUUUGGCAAAUGUAAGUGAUGUCGGAUAUUCUUCCCCCGUCCUCCGGUAACGGUAACCGUGCAACCGUUGCUUUAACAUCCGGGCGGUGAGGCGCUCUCGGCGGUCAGCCAUGAUGCGGGUUCGGGUCGAGAUCACCGGUGUACAUUUAUUAUGGAGGGGGAUGAGAUUGAGAUGACCAAAGAGGAGCUCCAAAAGUGGAUCAGAGCGAAGGUGAAGAACAAUCUGUUCUCCACACACGUUCAAGAGAAAUGCGAUCUGUUGCAAUCUCUACUGGAAAGGAGGGAGAGCCAGGCUGCUCACCUCCGGAAACUCUACAAGUCUGUGGCAGCAUGUGAAGUGAUUGUGAAGAAACAAUACUCGUUGCUGGGGUGGGAGUACAAAGACACUGUUUCUGAUGAUGAUGAUGGAAUUACUCCUCCGUCCCCACAUCAAGUCCCCGGCUCUCCAACUAGAAAUGGCCCUUUGUUACCAAGACUUGAGGACAGUGAGAAAGUCUAUAAAGUUAAUGGCAAGAAAGUCUCUAUAAGUCUAAAAAGACAACCAGUGGUGGUCUUGACCAGACUUUCUCCACGUGAGAUCAGCUCAUGUCCACCAACUCCUCAGGAUCACGACAGGGAAGAUGAAUCCUUGAACAAUUUGGGUUCUGAUAGUGAGCGGGCAUCAGAUAAUGACUCAAGUGAUUCAAAUGAUUCUAUCUCACGUUAUAAUACUGGGUCAAACAAGAGGAGGAAAGUAGAUCAGAAGAAUAAAAAACCUGCCAAGCGUCACGCAACACCUCAAGCUAGAACAAAUGCUGGUGCUAAGAGCAACGCAGGAAAAACAUCGACACCGCCCACAGACACGAAUGAAGUAAGCACACCUGUCAGCACAGUACCAGCGCCUUCCCAAUCCUCGCACAAAGCAACCAAGACCCAAGACCCUCCUAGCGUGCCAGAAGGAAAGAUCGUUGUGAACAUGAAUGUCCUGGCCAAAAAAAGGGACAUGACCUGGCAACGGGGGAAAAUCAUGGAAAUAGUGACAAAGGAAGAUGGUAGGUUGAAAUAUAAGGUCAAUCUUAAGAAGGGGAAGAUCCUAGUCUCUGGUCACCACAUCGCCUUUGACUGCAUGCCGAAGGUGGAGCAGCUGUUUGUCGGCGCUCGCGUGGUGGUCAAGUGUAAUGGUGAAGGACCCCAGUUCUUCCCCGGUGUCGUGGCAGAGCUCCCCCGCAGGAAUAAUCACAAGAGAAUUCUGGUCUUUCGGGAUGAUCACACGCCGGUUUAUGUUGACUUACCUUUACUUCACCUGGUGUGCAAACCAAUGACGGAUCCCUUGGAUGAUAUUAAAGAUGAAGCCCACAAGAAGUUCCUGAAGGAGUAUAUAAAGAACUGGUCUUACCUGCCCCAGACAAAGUACAAGCUUGGGCAGAUAAUUAAUGCAGAACUGGAUGGAGUCCAGCGAAGGUGUGAGGUGCAGGUGGUAGACUGCAGCUUGAUACAGGUUGUCUUUCAGGUAAAUCAACAGAAGAAGUGGAUCUACCAAGGCUCCUCACGCCUGAAGUACAUGAUUAAUAUGAGGGAGCAGUUGGAGUUUCAAAUGAAUAAAUCUACAGCAGCCAAGGGUAAAUUAAAUUCUCAAACUAAUAACAAUCAGUUAUUGUAGUUACUUCUAAUAACUUGUCUCCUCUUUAUCUCCCCCCCUUCAGGAUCAUCAAAAUAGGCACAUUGAUGAGACCUUUGUUCUGCGUUUUGGAACUAGAACAUCCACGACGGGACUCACAUCACAAACGUUUUUACCUCACCAGAAUGGCUGAAAACAAGUCAAACUGUCUUAUUUGUAUAUAGGUGUAUUUGUAUUUGUUUUGAUGCUCUUAAAUAAAAACUAAUUCUCA